UUCUCUCGACCCUUUUCUUCCUCAUUUGGAUUUUUUUGCUUGUUUUUUGGGUUUUGCUACUGAUUCUUCUCGUGAUUAGUGAACAGUUACAUUUUAGGGUUUUGAUUUUGUUUUUGGAUGAAGAAUGCUGAAUCCUUCUUUAGGGGUUAAGUAAUUGAAGAUGAAUGAGCUGUUUUUACAAUCUAUGUCAGAGUCAGCUGGCAUCUGUCAUCCAAAUUGCGUACGAGCAAACAGUGGGCAAGACGAUUAUGAUGCAUCUCAGUCUGCAGCUUUGAUAGCUGUGAGUCUGAUUAGCUCUGCACGGGUUCUCUUCAAACUCGACCCUGAGUAUACUGAGUACUCCGCUCAGUAUCUGGUGGACAACGCUGGGAAGGAAGAAGUGGAGGGAGAAAUGGAUCAACAGGGCUGUCAGUUCACUGUGGAAAACAUACUUCAGUACUUGGUGGAAAAUGUUUGGAGCAAGAAGGAAGAUAGGCAGGGAGAAGUGGAUCGACCACGCCGUGAGCUCACUGUCAAAGAAUGCCUUGCAUUUGCUUUUAAAAAAGGGCUCCCAAGAAGUGGACAUUGGGCACAUUUGGGAUGUUCUUUCAAGGCUCCCCCAUUUGCUUGUCAAAUCCCUCGCGUUCCCAUGAAAGGAGAAGUGAUUGAGGCUACAUACUUGGAUGAAGCAUGGAAGCUGUUCAAGCAACAACCAACGGGAGCAAGACUGCAUGUGUUCACUCCAGAAUUUGAUCUUGUUGGAGAGGGAAUUUACAAAGGCCCGUCAGGUAAUGGAACAAGCUAUGUUGGACUUAGAGAUGUGAUAGUAGUUAAACUGGAGAUAAUCGAGGGCGAACCUGUUGUGACUGUUCAGAUGUGCUACAAGAAGAAGACUUUGUUUGUCAAAGUGUCUGUGAGAAGUAUGUCGCUCCCGCUUAAUGGUGACGACGAGUCUCAGGUCACAGAGCCAACAACUCUGCUUGUUGACUUCUGUAUCCCCCGCUUUUUUAUCAACUGAAGUAGAGCAGAGAUCUUGGUAAGUAUCUGAAGAACUUUUAUGCUAGCUGUGGAACUUGUUUGUUGGUCCUAUAUUAAGACUGUCUGAUCAGACAUAUGUUCUGUUUAAGAAGUUAAGUAUCUUGAAAACCCUAUGUUUGUUGUGGAACUCAGUUUGUGGUUUGAAAUUAAGUAUGAGACUUUUAUUUGUGUGUUUAAGAAGUUUA